AAUUAUUUUGAAACAACGGAUAUGGAAAUAAAGAGCGAAAUGGAAAAAAAUAUUAUUCGCAUGCAAAGUUUAACAGAAAUGGUAGAUAAGAAUAUCAAAGUGGCUCAAGAAAAACAAAAAUUGGAGUAUGAAAAACGUUUAUUAAAAAAAACUAAAGGACUUCAAGAAACUAUUGACGUUGGGGCUGCUUACAAACCUCGUUUUAAAGGCCAUGCUUUCAAAGGCGCUGUUUUCAAACCUCGUUUUAAAGGCCCUUUUAAUGUGUCGUACAUUACGAAAGGUAAAAACUUUAAACUAACAGAUUUAAAUGGUACUUCUUUGCCAGGAGCUCACAAAAGGAUACAUAUUAAAAAGUUUAUUGAAAAUGAUUUGACCAAAGAUAAUGCAGUAUCAAUUGAGUCAGAAGAUUUAAAUAUCCAAUGUUAACAAAAAGACAGUAUCGAUGAUCAUGCCAUUGAUUUGACCAAACCCGAGGAUACAUACUAUCUAGGGAGCAGAACAAAAAAAAAGAAGGAAAGCGUAAACAAUUAUUUCAAACGUUGUAAACUGCUUUCUCGUAUAGUUAUUAAAAACACAUUUAUACAAUUUAAAUAUAACUUUAAUAAUACAUAUACAUCCAUUCCUAUUUAAAUCACAUAGAUAACUGACACUUUGGAAGGACUUAGUGUUUCGGAGAGGGUUGAUUCCUCAAUUGAAAGUUGUGUAAUUGAAAAAAGUGUAGGUACGUUGUUAGGUCUAAAUUGAGGAUUUAUUCUAGUAAAAGUUAUUUUAAAUAAAUGUAAACAAAAUAAAUACUAAACUU